UGUUGAACACAUUCCACACCAGAGGACCUGAACGUGUAAGGACUACGUGAAGGAGAUUCGUCUCGUGCUUAAACAUGGAUAUGGAGUCUGCCAACUCAAGUAACUACAUAUACGAUUAUGAUUACGACAGUAUUAUACAGACAGCACCAUACACGACGGAAAUUGUGGUGAACAGCGUUCUACUGUACAUUGGAGUCUGUACCAACAUAUGGAUGAUCAGGUCUCUCUACAAAUCAUGGAAGACAGGCAGCAGGAUGCAUUUCUACCUCCUUGCCAUUUGUGUUGCUGAUUUGCUGGGCUUGUGCAUCAGUAGCGGUGUCAGCAUCGGGCUUUUUGCAACCGUUGUAUGGAGAGGCGGAUAUUACGGAUGUAAAAUAUUUUCAGGUCUCCAGAUGUUUGGAAAUACAAUGUCCCAUCUUAUCCUGGCUGGAUUCAAUAUCGAUAAUCUUUUCACCAUCACCUGCAGUCGCUCCAUCAAGGCGUUGCGUAUCGUCUUCCUGUUGUUGUCCUUUGCAGCUACCUUCAUCAUCAGUGGCGUUAAGUUCUACUUCUACCGUCUGAUGAGCUUGGGAUACAAUAACGAGGCCUAUUUCUGCGCUGUAGAAGGUUUUCAGUUACUGCCAUUGUUGCACACGGCGUGUUAUUUCCUACUUCCAUUUCUGAUGAUGUUGCUUUUUGGUCUUCCAUCAUUGUUUGUGUGGUGCUGUAGAAAAGGAACACUCAGCUUUGGGAAGAUGACACGUGACGAUGACUCCUCCACAGACCUUCAGUUCAUUGGCAGAGAUAUUGGAAUAGUUUUGGCUUACGACGUCGUAUUCUUCCUCUGCUGUGCUCCAUUCUUUGCAUUGCAGAUAUCUGGAUCUCAGUCAGCAAUAGUCUUCACAGCUUUAACCUUCCUUGAGGCAGCAAACCCUUGCAUUAACCCCGUCAUAUAUGCCAUAUUUAGCUGCAUUGGAAGACGAAGGGACAGAACGUCUCCUGGACUGUAGAAUCGUCACAAGCC